GACUCGACAAGAUUGAGAGUUCGGCGUGAUCAUCAGAGCCUGAUUUAGAAGUCGAGUCGGAGAUGGACAUCAGCUAUUGUAGUCCAAGACGGAGAAGAAGCUGUACCGCGGAGGCUUGUAUAAAUGGAUUGGAUCCUGUACCCCAUUCCUGCAUUCUGUCUCUUGCGUCUGCGAUUAGAUCUGCUGCUGCGGUCGAUUGGUCGUGUGCAGGAACGAAAAGCAGGUGCAACUCUUCUUCUGGUGAUAGACUGGCGUCGUUGUGUCUCUAUCACCAAGCCCAGCUAUCAAUUUUUACAGAGGUUACAGAAACGAAUUCAUUAAGGGUGAGGCUUUGUAUUACUUUGCUUGGCAUUUUGGUGGUGGUAUUUGGGUUUUGUAUUUCUUUUUGGCAGUGGUGGUGGAAAGGUUUUGCUACGGUGGAAGAGAAAAGCAAGGCAUGAAGCUUUUUAUGUAUUGCUGAGAUUGAAGGAAGAAAAUGUGGCGUCUUGUGCAGAGUUUUAGAAACAGAACUUGGCCAUUCAUGAAUGACCCUAUGUUCCAGCAUUAGAAACUGCAGCAGCCAAGCACGUUGAGACUUCGGCCGUUCAUGAACGACCAUAUCAGUCUAAACGCAAGAGAAGUUCUCUCGGCCAUGGUUGUUUUCGAUCAAAAGGGUAUUGGUUGUUUAUGAACAGCCCCCUUUGCUUGAAGCAAACCAGUUAAUUCUUUGCCCAAGAAGACAAGAACAACAUGACGCAGCGUAUACCUGGACGUCUCCUUUUCGAGCUGCUUUGAUUUUGCCCUCUGUUUUGGCAGAGCCUUGGCUUCUUGCUUUCUGAUUUUUCUUCUCUUUCUCCCUUCUGUCUGUGUAUUUCUUUUCACGUUGCCACCUUUAAAUAGCAGUAGUUGGAUAAGUGUAGUUGGGUGGCUGAUAACCCUUUCCAACUUUGUAUUUUGAAUUUGAAUGAUAAGUUUAUCUCCAGCUGUUAUCUUCACAUUUGAAUUGGUCAAGCACUUAACCAACAAUUGAAUAGUCAAA